GUGGGUCCUGCAGCUUCCCCUCCGCAGGCUCUGGCUGCUCUGCUCAGUCCCAGGAGCCCAGGACCCUCUGCCUCCCGAUGCUGCGGCUGCUGCUGCUGCUGUCCCUGCUGUGGGCAGUGGAGGGGGCCUGUGCAGAGGGGCUGAGGAGGGUGCCCUGUGAUGACCCUCGGCUUCCCCAGGGGCCCUCCCCUCAGGAUCCAGAACACUGCGUGGAUGUGCCCGAGUCCGUGACGGUGCAGGAGGGUCUGUGUGUCCUGGUGCCUUGCAACUUCUCCUACCGCGGCUCAGAGACUGGCAACGUCUCUAUCUACUGGUUCCAUGCAGGGGACAAUACAGACCACGGCUGUCCUGUGGCCACAAACAACUCUACUCGGAGAGUGCAGGAGGAGACCCAGGGCAGAUUCCACCUCCUCUGGGACCCAGGAACCAACAACUGCUCCCUGAGCAUCAGAGAUGCCAAGCGCAGUGACAGUGGCUGCUACUUAUUUCGGGUUGAGAAAGGAACAUUUAAGUGGAAUUAUUAUACAAAAAAGGUCUUUGUGCAUGUGACAGACCUGACCCACACCCCUGACAUCCUCAUCCCUGGGACCCUGGAGUCUGGCCGCCCCAGCAACCUGACCUGCUCUGUGUCCUGGGCCUGUGAGCAGGGGACACCACCCACCUUCUCCUGGGAAGGGACCUCUGUGUCCUCUCUGGGCCCCAACAUCAUCCACUCCUCGGUGCUCACCCUCACCCCACUGCCCCAGGACCAUGGCACCAACCUCACCUGUCAGGUGAAGUUCCCUGCAGCUGGUGUGACCACAGAGAGAACCAUCCAGCUCAAUGUCACCUGGAGUCAGGGGACAAACCCAGCAGCAGGAGUGGUCUGGGGGGCCAUCGGGGGGGCUGGCGUCAUGGCCCUGGUGGCCCUCGGUCUCUGUCUCACCUUCUCCAUAGUGAAGUCCCACAGGAGGAAGGCAGCCAGGUUAGCAGAGGACAUGAGUGACACCCACCCCGCCCUCCAGCCAGCCUCCAUGGGGUGUCGGCAGGAGCCCCCGCUGCCUGGCCCUGCUGACCCCUGCAGCUCCUCAGGAGCUGGCCCUGGCUUGGGGCAGGAGCAGGAGCUGCACUACGCCACCCUCAGCUUUCACGGGGCCUCCCGCAACGUCCACGGGGCAAGUCCUGCAGGGGACACCUCCACCCAGUACUCAGAGAUCAGGGCACAGGGAGGGACCAGCAGGAGCCUGUCUCAGCAGAGGACGCCUGCUGUGGAGCCACACUGAGUGACCACGCCCUCCAGUCCUGAUGCCCCAGGCUCUGGCCAACCCUGCAUUCCUGUGGCCUGGUCAGAGACCCAAGGGGACAGCAAGGAGGGCUUCUGUGUGGGGCAUGUCCCCAGGGUGGAGUCACACUCACCUGUUCCCUUGUAGUCCUGCCCCUCUGCCCUUUUAUGGAGAGAACUUUCUAAGAACAGAGUCCCCCAAUAAAAGAUGACUUCCAAAUGUU